CCACCUCGAGGAACGCUACCACAACGUCGAUGCCCAUGUUCCAAAAUUGCAGCAACGUCGUGAUUAACAAUAGCGUCUUCAUCAGUAGGGGGAGCAAUGUCACGAUAAACUGCGGACGCGGACGGCACACUUCCACCAUUAUCGAUGAAGACGAGGAGGAAGCGAGAGACAGCAGGGGGGGAGCCUCACAAAGCGAGAGACAGGGGCCUGGGGAUGGCUUCAGCUCAGAGCCUGGCGCUCACAGAGCUGGCCGGUCAGAUCCCGAGGACUCGGACUCUGAGGCUGAGAUCCAUAUCGAUUCACGACAACACAGGAAUCCUCCUCCUCAUCGAGUUCGACAUAUCUUCCAAAGCUCCCACAGAGGCGGAGACACUGCUGACUUCGAGAUGUCCGUCGAGGAGGAAGGACCGCCCAACGAUCGCGCUCGAGGGCCACAGCAGCGGCGAAGACAAAGGCCACCACGACGACGCUCAACGCGUAGCUACAACAUUCAUGGCAUGAACAUCAAUUUCGACGACGUUCAUGGUACAUUCGUGCAAGAGAGCAGAGGCACCAGGACCACCACCGCCAACGUCAACGUCAAUGGGCUGGACCCAGUGGGCCUCGCCGGUCUCCAAGUCGGUCUUGCAGGCUUGCACACAGGCCUCCAGUCUGGACUCCGGGGGCUCCAUACUGGUCUCGAGCACAUGAAUACCGCCCUCAGUAGCAUGCACCAUACUCUGGCCAAUUCCUUCAACUUCACGGGUGCCCAUUUCGAUAACUCCUGCAACGACCAUAGCACCACCCAUAUUCAUUCCCAUUUCGGACCACAUCACCCGGCGGGCCACCCUGGAAUCCACCACCAUUACCAUUACUACAGUGGACCUGGAACGGCCCCUCCACAACCCCACCUUCCUUAGAGGCAUUUCCGAGGGACUUCGGAAAGCAUGCAACUCUCGUGCCCUUGGAUGAGAUCCUCGUGCCGUACCCUAACUCACGCCCGU